GGCUUCAAGGCAGGGAGCCCGGCCUCCCUGGGCAGGAGCGGUCACCACAGCCCCCCACUGCAGGCGGGCGGGAGGAGGCUGCUUUAAAAGGCAAAUGGGCCUCUGGCUGCCCCACUCAGCUCUGCAACCAGCCCCUGCCACCUGUGGGCCAAAGGAGCAUCCAGGCGUCUGGACAGCCGUGGGGCGGGCACCAUGUGAGCCCAGCUUGGCUCCCCCCUGCUGUCCUCCUUCCUUCCCUCCUCCUGCCCCCUGGGCCUGCACAGCCUUUCCAAAGACGGAUGCUUGCACCAUGUCUCUGCUCAACCCUGUCCUGCUGCCCCCCACUGUGAAGGCUUAUCUGAGCCAAGGGGAACGCUUCAUCAAAUGGGAUGACAGCUUUCAAGGGUCAUGGCCAGCCCAUAGCUCUGGAGAACAAAGAGAAAUGCCUGAAGGUUCCCAGGAAGGCCACCUCCUAGGGAGCUGGAAACUACAGUAGCCUCCCCAGUUAUACUCCGUGUGGAUCCCAAGGGCUAUUACUUAUACUGGACACAUCAGAGUAAGGAGAUGGAGUUUCUGGAUAUCACCAGCAUCCGGGACACCCGCUUUGGGAAGUUUGCCAAGAUGCCCAAGAGCCAGAAGCUCCGGGAUGUCUUCAACAUGGACUUUCCUGACAACAAUUUCCUGCUGAAGACACUCACUGUGGUGUCUGGCCCUGACAUGGUGGACCUCACCUUCCACAACUUUGUCUCCUACAAAGAGAAUGUGGGCAAGGACUGGGCUGAGGACAUACUGGCUCUGGUGAAGCACCCGCUGACGGCCAAUGCCUCCCGCAGCACCUUCCUGGACAAGAUCCUGGUGAAGCUCAAGAUGCAGCUCAACCCUGAAGGGAAGAUCCCUGUGAAGAAUUUUUUCCAGAUGUUUCCUGCUGAUCGCAAGCGAGUAGAGGCUGCCCUCAGUGCCUGCCACCUCCCCAAAGGCAAGAAUGACGCCAUCAAUCCUGAGGACUUCCCAGAAUCCGUCUAUAAGAGUUUCCUCAUGAGCCUCUGUCCUCGGCCAGAAAUAGACGAGAUCUUCACUUCCUACCAUGCCAAGGCCAAACCCUACAUGACCAAGGAGCACCUGACCCAAUUCAUCAAUCAGAAGCAGAGGGACUCCCGCCUCAACUCCCUGCUGUUCCCGCCAGCGCGGCCUGACCAGGUGCGGGGCCUCAUCGACAAGUAUGAGCCCAGUGGCAUCAACGUGCAGAGGGGUCAGCUGUCACCCGAGGGCAUGGUGUGGUUUCUCUGUGGGCCAGAGAACAGCGUGGUGGCCCAGGACAAGCUGAUGCUCCACCACGACAUGAUGCAGCCGCUCAAUCAUUAUUUUAUCAACUCCUCACACAACACCUACCUGACAGCUGGCCAGUUCUCAGGCCUCUCCUCUGCCGAGAUGUACCGCCAGGUGCUGCUGGCUGGCUGCCGCUGCGUGGAGCUGGACUGCUGGAAGGGGAAGCCGCCUGAUGAGGAGCCCAUUAUCACCCACGGCUUCACCAUGACCACAGACAUCUACUUCAAGGAAGCAAUUGAAGCUAUUGCGGAAAGUGCCUUUAAGACUUCCCCUUAUCCUGUCAUCCUGUCCUUUGAAAACCAUGUGGACUCACCCCGCCAACAGGCCAAGAUGGCCGAGUACUGCCGGACCAUGUUUGGGGAAAUGCUACUCACAGAGCCCCUGGAAAAGUUCCCGCUGAAGCCAGGUGUCCCCCUGCCCAGCCCUGAGGACCUCCGAGGCAAGAUCCUCAUUAAGAACAAGAAGAACCAGUUUUCUGGCCCAGCAGCCCCCAGCGAGGAGCCUGUUGGGGGUGCUGAGGGAGGCUGCCCAGCCACUGCCCCUCAGGACCAGGACACAGUGUGGGCAGGUGAGGAAGGGGCUCAGCUGGAGGAAGAAGAGGUGGAAGAGGAGGAGGAGGAGGAGUCAGGAAACCUGGACGAAGAAGAGCUGAAGAAGAUGCAGUCGGAUGAGGGCACAGCAGGCCUAGAGGUGACAGCUUAUGAGGAGAUGUCCAGCCUAGUCAAUUACAUCCAGCCCACCAAGUUCAUUUCCUUUGAGUUCUCUGCUGAGAAGAACCAAAGUUAUGUUAUCUCCUCCUUCACAGAGCUAAAGGCUUAUGACCUGCUCUCCAAGGGUGCAGUGCAAUUUGUGGACUACAACAAGUGGCAGAUGAGCCGCAUUUACCCCAAGGGCACCCGCAUGGACUCCUCCAACUACAUGCCCCAGAUGUUCUGGAAUGCUGGUUGCCAGAUGGUUGCCCUCAAUUUCCAGACAAUGGACCUGCCCAUGCAGCAAAACAUGGCGCUGUUUGAGUUCAACGGGCAGAGUGGCUACCUCCUCAAGCAUGAGUUCAUGCGCCGGCUGGACAAGCAGUUCAACCCCUUCUCGGUGGACCGCAUUGACGUGGUGGUAGCCACCACCCUCUCCAUUACGGUGAUCUCUGGGCAGUUCCUGUCAGAACGCAGUGUGCGGACCUAUGUCGAAGUAGAACUGUUUGGCCUUCCUGGGGACCCCAAGAGGCGCUACCGCACCAAGCUGUCACCUAGUACUAAUUCCAUCAAUCCUGUCUGGAAGGAGGAACCCUUUGUCUUUGAGAAGAUCCUGAUGCCUGAGCUGGCCUCCCUCAGGGUGGCUGUGAUGGAGGAAGGCAACAAGUUCCUUGGGCAUCGCAUCAUCCCCAUCAGUGCCCUGAAUUCUGGAUACCAUCACCUGUGCCUGCACAGUGAGAGCAACAUGCCCCUCACUAUGCCUGCGCUCUUUGUCUUCCUGGAGAUGAAGGACUAUGUGCCUGACACCUGGGCAGAUCUCACUGUGGCCCUCGCCAAUCCCAUCAAGUUCUUCAGUGCCCAUGAUAAGUCUGUGAAGCUCAAGGAAGCUAUGGGAGGUCUGCCUGAGAAGCCCUUCUCUGCUGGGAGUCCAGCUGUGGGGCAAGUCAAGGGGACAUUGGCCCCAGCCAGCAACGGGUCAACAGCAGCUGGGGCCAGGGCCAGGGAGGAGCCCGCGAAAGAAGCUGCUGAGCCGCGGACCGCCAGCCCAGAGGAGCUGCGGGAGCUGAAGGGCGUCGUGAAGCUGCAGCGGCGGCACGAGAAGGAGCUGCGGGAUCUGGAGCGGCGCGGCGCGCGGCGCUGGGAGGAGCUCCUGCAGAGGGGCUUGGCGCAGCUGGCUGCUCUCCGGCCGCCGGGCGCGGGGGGCGGCGGCGGGGGCUGCAAGCUGAGCCCGGGCAAGGGCUCCCGCAAGAAGCGGACUCUGCUCUGCGAGGAGACCUCCGGGGCCACGCCGGGCGAGGGCCUCGAGGGCGCGUGCGCGAGCGUGCGGGAGCUGAAGGACAGGCUGGAGGGGGAGCUGCUGCACCAGGGCGAGGAGCAGUACGAAUGCAUCCUGAAGCGCAGGGAGCAGCACGCGGCGGAGCAAAUCGCCAAGAUGAUGGAGUUGGCCAGAGAGAAACAGGCUGCAGAGCUGAAGACCCUCAAGGAGGCCUCGGAGAGUGACACGAAAGAGAUGAAAAAAAAGCUGGAAGCCAAGAGACUGGAGCGGAUCCAGGCCAUGAUCAAGGUCACCACAGACAAGAUGGCCCAGGAGAGGUUGAAGAGAGAGAUUAACAACUCCCACAUCCAGGAGGUGGUGCAGGUCAUCAAGCAGAUGACAGGGAACCUGGAGAAGCACCAGGAGAGGCUAGAGGAGAAGCAAGCAGCCUGCCUGGAACAGAUCCGGGAGAUGGAAAAGCAGUUCCAGCAGGAGGCACUGACAGAGUAUGAAGCCAGGAUGAAGGUCCUAGAAGGUGAGGUGAAGGAGUCUGUGAGGGCCUGCUUCCCCUCCGAGGCCAAGGACAAGCCUGAGAGGCCCUCUGGGGCCUCCAGGGAGCUGUGUGAGCAGGACCCACUCACAGCAAACACAGAUGCCCAGGAGAGCCGCCUCUGAUGCCUCCGUUUCCACCAGGAUAUUCUGCAAGGAUGUUCAUCCUUCUUUGGGAUGUGACUCCAUUAUCCCCAAGAGGAAAGGCCCCAGUGCUCUGAGGCUGUGGGAAGGUGGGGCUCCCUUAGAAUUCCUCAACAGCCAGGCCAGAGGAGGAGUCAGGGACCAUGUACCACCAGACACAAGCCAUCUGGGCCUAGUGGUCCUUUAAUAUGACAUGUGGCUCCUCAUCCUUCUCCUUCACCUCUUCACGUUUGCAAAAGAAUACUGACUGGGAGGCAGGAACUGGGGUCUUGGACCCAUUCUACGUUUCCUAGUGUAAAACUAGUGGUGCCCCACUGUGGGUUUAGCUUUAUCACCUGGAGGAUUAGGCCUGGACUCCUGGAACCCCCACUCUAGUAUCUGUAGUUCAAGAAUGACCAAACUCCGAUCCUUACUGCCAUAAGGUGGGCAGCUCACCAUACUUCUAGGCCCCAUCUCAGGCCUGCCAUCUGCCCUGAUUUGGUCUCAUUGUCGGCUAUCUUAUACAGAGUGUGGCACUAUGCCUAAGCUCCCUGGGCAUAGCUAUUCCCAGGAUUCCAUGCUGAGGUCCCUCCCUGGCCUCCUGCCUGUUGAAGGAUGGGAGGCUGACAUGGAAAAGCUGCCUCAUCUGUCUGGCUCUCAGGCUGCUGAGACAACUGGGGCUGUGGCUGGUGGUGAGGGAAGGUCGGCCUUCUGGGCACUCUCCCAUCCAGAUCCUGGCUCACCCCUUUUCCUAGGCCUGGAGAGGCUUCCUAGAAUGUACCCCAACUCAGGCUGCCUGACAAGGUUAGCAUCAUUUUCUCUCCUGACUCUAUGAGAUUUAUUUAUUUUUCUCCUUUUUACUUCUACUAAAGAAGCCUGUCUCAAUAUUUCCUGCCUAACCUGGCUUCUGUAUUACAGCUAAGAAAUGUGGAUGGGGAUAGUGGGGGCUGGAGUAGAAUGUUCCUGAAAUGAAGGAGGCUACGGGAAAAAAGACCAUUGGGAGUUGAGCCCUAUGGUGAGGUCCCUUCCAGGGCCCAGGAAAAUGCCUUGCCUCUGGGCUUGUAGAGGAUCCACUUCCCCUUUUGCUGGCCCUGAUGCCACAGCCACUGGAAAAUGAUGUCAUUUCUCUUCUCAACCCCCACCCAGAUGUGGCCCUUCCUUGUCUCUACCCUCAGAGCUGGAGCAGAAGAGCCUAGUGCAAGGUGCCCCUAUGCUCUUGAGGAGUCAUAAACCUUCAGGGCACCUGGGACCUUUUAGUUAGACUUAGAGUGGUGAGAUUCUUGAGCCCCUAAGCAGUUGUGGUUGACCCCAACACUUGCUAGAGAGGGGCUUGUGGACAGCCAUUCACUGCAGGCAGAGUUCCAAAUCCCAAAUGGGGACAUACACUGGCUUGGGAGAGGGAGGGUGGGGGUUGAUUCCGGGAAGAGGUUGUUUUCUUAUCAGAGUUGUAGCAAAUACCAUUAGCUGUGAGCACCUGUGCCUUCAGAAAAUAAACAGCCCCCCCCCACCACCAUCUUGCCUCAUAUACAUCCCUAUGGGAGCCUGACCUCUGGGAGUCUAGCAUUCUCUGGUUGCAGGUUGAGACUAGGGGGCCUGCUCAUUCACAGGAGCAUGGUCUGUGAUUGAUCAGCCUCCAUACACACUAGGUAUAGCCAAGGGUGGGACACCUACACCCCAGGGCAGUGCCCUGUCUUCAACCCUCCUGCUGGGCACUCAGCUGCUCCAUCUUCCCCUCAACCCCAGGGUAGAACCAUGCAGAGAGGAGGACCCAGGCCUAGAGGAACUCACUGACUCAGGCACAUGGGCAUAAGGUGGGACCAAGUAGAGCCCACUGGGCAGCCCUCAGCUUUUGCCAAUGGCUGCUCAGGAGAAGGACAGGCUGCCUUCUCACCUCUCAGCCAGGCAGGGCAGUCUCCAUGGUCCCAGUGUGGAGCUGGGAAGCCCAGGAAUGAGGAAGGGGAUGCAGUUCUGCCUCCUGGAGUAGCCUCUGCACAGCAGACUGGGGGCUACCCCUGAGGCCAGGGCCAGAUACCUGCCUCCCUGCUUUCUGUCCUCUGGAAAAAGGGCAAGGUGCCCCCUGGUAAAGUGUCAUAGUCUCUGGGCCCCAGAGAUGAUUUAAGCUCUGGAUGUAGAGUAUGUGCAGAGGAAGAGAUGAUGUCUUCCCUCAGGGCCCCGGGCAGGUGAAGGGCACCUGGGUUCCAUUCCUGCUGUGUAUCUGUGGGGCUGGGGCAUCAUGCAUCAGCUUCACCUUUUGCCUAAAGAGAAGGGUCCUACCCCUUCCCAAUCCCAUUGCUGAUUCAGAUGCCAGUCCCCUGCUGACUCACCCUAUCCCCUGCACCUCCCCUCCCCCCAGAAGCUCUCUGGAUCUCCCAGCCACGUGCCACUAGGCCCAACCCUGCUGAGCUGGUGCAACGUGACAGGGUGAGGGGGCUGGUGACACUAGAGGAGGAAAGAAGGGGGCCUGGGAAGGGGGGCAGCUGCAGACAGAGUGGCAGACUGCAGUCCUGAGCCGCCCCUGGGAGGAAGCCCUUUUGCCAGCCUGGGCCUGCAGAAGGGGAGGCUCAGCAGGUGGGAGGGGAGGGGAAGGGAGCGUGGAGUGCCUGUAUGCCCCCUGCCUGCCUCAGCUCCAUCUCCUGUCAGCCUUCAGCUCCCUAAGAGACAGCUUCUAAUUCCGGCUGUUGGUGCCUCUGUGCUCUGCAGCAAAGUCUCAGCUUUUUUCAGCUUUGCUAUUUCUUUUCUGUUCAGAACAUACUGAGCCUACAGGGAAGUCAGAGCAAAGGUUCCAGGGCCUGAGACUGGGCACCAUCCCUCCAUCCCACCACAGGCCUGGUGGGGUUGGCAGUGCCAGCUGGGGUGAAUCCUUCCAGAGUACCCAACAUGGCAUGCUCUGCCAGGCCAGGGUGAGGCCCUGAUGGGGCCCAGCCUCAAGUGCCUCUUCUUCCCUGGAACUGUCUCCAUAUCUACCACAGGGAACAGAUGCAUAAAUGAAACAUUCAUGCAUAAAUGAAACAGGGUUGUCUCAAGGAGGCUCAAGUGUGGUGGGGGAGCAUGGCUGUUUAGGACCAAGGAGGUACCCAUUCCGUGUUCUAUUACCUGG